CGCUUUCAUUCAUUCGCUCUAGUUACAGAAAAGCAAGAGUAAAAAAAAAAAAAUAUGGUGACGUCACCACUGCCCACAACUGACAUGGUGGUAGAAGAGGAAUGCGGCAUCUGUUACCUUGACUACGGCCAGGAGCGGAGGCGGCGCUCGUUGGCCGCCUGCCGCCACGUGGUAUGCUCGGAGUGCCUGGAGCGCCUGGCGGCCAGAGGGGGCGAGGUCACGUGUCCCUUCUGCCGCGCGCCCUCCCCGCUGCCUAGCGACGAGGAGGAGAGUGAGGUGUCGGUGAAGGGUCCCUUCAAGUGGCUGAAGAGGCUGUGCAAGAAGACGAGGGCGGGGUCCCGACGCAGAGGAUCUCUGGCCAACGAAGACUUGCGGGACUUGGCUAUAAUGAGCACAUACUUCAUGUGAUUCCUCCAGGAAACCGCAAAGCUGUGACUUGUGUUGCUGUCGGGGAGCUCCAAGCCGAGGGCUCUGGAAUGCAUCGGGCUGGAGAAUCGGCAACUUCUGGGACUGACCGGAUGAUUAAUGACUUACAACCUCGACUUUGUCACUUUCACACGGUGGUGACUAAACAACUGGAAAUGAGAUCAGAGACUGAUAAUGGAGAAGGAUCUAUGAGACGGGGAAAAGGUCACAUAGCUUCUCAGUCGUCUGCUCCGCCUUAAUGUGACUUCUCUAGAAGCUCCCUGGAGUCCUGUUACUGGACCGUCUUCUUGCUGUGAAGUCGCUCAUGUGUUGUAUGGGACUUGGAUGAAUCGCUGGUCUUUACCAUAGAAACAUGGCCUUCAAACAGGUCAACUGGGCCACCACAGGUCAACUGGGCCACCACAGGUCAACUGGGCCACCACGCCUCUAAAAUACAAAGUGUAUAUUCCUUAUGUAAUGGAAGGCUUUCCCGGGUGAUAGAGGGACUGCCAUGGUGGACCUCCUAAAAUGCUAUGGUUCUUGGCCGUUCUGCUGAACCUCCUGGCUUUCAAUAAUUUUAUUUUUUUGAGUUUAAGACCACCACAAAGUAUAUAGAUGAGGAAUGUCAAGUCAUGGCUUGUAGUAAUCUCAUGCAACUGUACUUGUUCAAGCUUACUGAAGAAGUCCAGUUGAAUGUGACUUAACUACAUAUACCAUGACCUGGAUCAAUGAGAACCUUCAGACAGUCGAGUCCUUACCUGGGUGAGGAGCUAAAACUAAGGUGACGUCACCCCUGCCCACCGCCAACAUGGCGGUAGAGGAGUGUGGCAUCUGUUGACUAUGGCCAGGAGCGGAGGCGGGGCUCCUGAGAGUGGGCAUUGGCAGGGUAGGGCGAUGGCAUUGAUAUUCUCCAUUUUAACCUGUUAAGACAGGGGUGCCCAACCUUUUGAAGAGCGAGGGCCACUUAAGCAAAAUGGUAAACAGUCGAGGGCCACAAUAGUGUGUGGCGGAUGAUAGGUCACAACUACGUUAUGGCCCUCCGAUCCGCCCAGAGGAAAUGGUACUGGCGCUGUAGAGGCCACUUAAGCAACAGGGUAAACAGUCAAGGGCCACAAUGAGCAGAGCGGGCGGAUGACAGGUUACGGCUACGCUAUGGCCCUCCGAUCCGCCUAGACGAAAUAGUACCGGCGCUGUAGAGGAAGCAUCGGCUUAUCGGGUUCUGCUCCGCAGCCGCUUUCUUCCUCUACCACCAGCUUCA